CGACGCAUAGCCAAAAACAUCAACAAGAUCCCCAGAAAUGUAGCACCUGUGCUAAAGUUGUCCAGCCAACGUAAUGCAAACAGUAUAUAAGCACCUUAUCUUCUGAGCAUUAAUCUUCACUCAAUCACCUACACCGUGACCUAUCAUCAUCUCAUCACCAUGCCUCACCAUCAUCAUGAUCACAACAGACACGAAGACCUUUCCAAUGCAUACGCACAGGUCACUAAUGCGCCCCACAAGGCGAAGCUCUCUCAUGAGCUGAUCGCUGCCGCAGCUUCUUACGAGGCAAUGAAAGCUUACAACGAGCACUGCGAGAGGAACGGCAAGCCUGCAAGCCACGACAAGGCCAAGGAACUCAUGGCUGGAUUUGCCGGAGCCUUCAUCGACCACAUGGUUGAGACGAAGGGUUUGGACCUCAUGGACAGGCAAAGGGCCAAGCAUCAUGCUAAGGAAACCGCCUACGAAAGGUCUGGUUAUUAGUCGUCAGCAGCAACCUCAUGCAACCCAAUACCCACCAAUGUCAUCGUUGAUAGCCAUGUAACAUGAAAUAAGUGUGACGAUAAUAUAUACAACCAUAAGGACUUUAUGAUAUGGAUAUGCAUCAUCUGAUAUAAAAGACAUAUAAAUACAAUCCGUGAAAGCGAGCAUGUCUAGGUUGCAGAAGUUAU